CUGACACUUGAAUAUAGUCUGGUCUCGUAUCAAUUGCGGACCAACUACCUGAAUACAAUUGCAGAUGGCGUUGGCGAACGUCUCAUCACGAUCAAUGAUUCUUUUCUGAACACGGCGGGGUUUAAAGCUGCUGGAUGGCGUCCUAACACCGCGAAUAUCAAACGAACACAUUCUCCACCAAUUCCCACUGCUAUAGCUUCCGAAUAUUUCCAAGCUGCUCCUAGGUCAGCAGGUCUCCCCACAGGACUGGAAGAUGAAAUUGAAGAGGGUGGCAUGGUUACGGGAGGUGGGGCUGGAGAUACAGUCGGCCCAGGGAUAGCUACGAAAAGGCGUCGCCGACGAGAGCAGAUGGAAGAGGAAGAUAGCAGUGACCUUAGUGAUGAUAGCGAUGAAGAGGGCGAUCAGCGCGCCGCGCAGCAGAUAAAGUUCUCAAAGAUGCCAAUUCGAAAUCGUUCCGGUUCCUCUCCAAUUCGUGGCUCGAACCUCCGCCAGACCUCGACCAUAGCUUCUCCAACCCGAACCCCUGGUGCUAGAAGAGGAUCACAAUCAGCGCUGGAAGCUGUCAAGGAGCGUGCCAGGCGUGAUACUGUCACCAGCAGCGAGAUGUCUUCUGAAAACGAGUUCGACGCGUCUGCUUUCACACGACAGAGAGAUGCCACCCGUAAUGCGACAAAAGCAAGCAGAGCACUUCAUAGUCAGACAUCGGAUCCUAAUGUGGGCAUGAAAAGGCAACAGAGUGAUCUUCUAGAGGAAGAAGAGGAAGACGAUUCAGAUGUAUCGGACAUGGACUCGGAAUUUGAAGGGAGCAUCGAUUCAACCUCUAUCCUUGAUAGUGUUGACGGAGCACCCAUAAAAGCUUCGCCUUCGGAUGCUAUCAUUGGUACAGUGCCCAAAGAGCUGACACGGUCUCCAACGGUCAAAUCGAAGCCUGCGCCACCCGUGCUUCAAGCCCUACCUCCUCCACGGCCUAUUAGUAUGGUGCAACCCAAGAGUCUGCUCUCUGCUGCUAUCAAGGCAAGACAGACAAAAGCUGCAUCUCCAUUUGAAUCAUUUGCAUCACUAUCAGGCCAGGGUGAUCCCAACCCCCUAUUACUUCGGAUCUGGGCACCCUUCGCAACGUCAACAACUAAACCAUAUGAAGUUCUCAUCCGAAGAAGUGUUCAUAUGAACGAGGCAAAUGAUAGACAGGUUACUGUCGCUGAUCUUAUUGGGUUGAGUCUUUGGAGAUAUGCAGAGGAGAAGCUUGAACCCGUGAUUCCCCCAGAGAAACUCAAUGUAAAUUGGUGGACUUUACGAAUGGUUGAGGAUGAGGAAGUCGAUUAUGAUUUCCCUGCUCUCGAGCGUAACAAACCGCUUGUUUCUUUUACUACUGAAAACAAUCGUGCUGCAAGGUCAAGGUCAAAUUCCAAGCCGUUUGACGAGUUUGCCCUCGUGCAAGCGACGGACGAGCAGUUUCAACAAAAUCAAAGUCUCACGCCUCAAUUCAAACAAGAGUCCGUACAAACAGCUCCACCGGAGGACGACUUUACAUCCAGAAUUACCCCAACGCCACAGCUCUCAAAUAUAGGGGCGUCACCUCUCUUAUCAACCCAAAACCGCCCAAACCCACUCCUUACAACUAUGUCUGCUCUACGACAAAACCAAUCUUUGGCUGAUCUACCUACGCCUGGUGGAGCUCCAUCGCAGCCUGCUGCAAGAUUGGGCGCUCAAAAACUCCUAAGAAUCCAUAUACAUUCCGCAGAUGCCGCACCAGGACAAAUGAUAACUUUGGACAUUAGCACAGAUACAUAUCUUGCUGAGGUUCUCGAUGUCGUGUGCAAGAAGCGACAAUUAGACAAGGCUAACCAUGUCCUCAAAUUGACGGGGUCAGGAACUGUUGUACUUUUGGACCGUACCGUAGAAUCAAUUGGCAAUCGCGCAGAUUUGGAUCUGUAUCGCCGGAGGUUUGCAACAGAUGGCCCAUUGACAAUGUCGGGCUCACCAAGCAGUUCUUCCCCGAAAAAGCCCAUGAUGACCGAUCGUCCGGAAUAUGGCAAGAUUAGAAAGGGACAAAUGCUUGGAGCUCAUCCGCUGGCCCAAGAAGCGGUCAAGCAGGAUGAGCUUGGCAAUUCGAAUUAUCGAAAGUAUAUUGUCUGGAGAAAACAGCCAAUGAGAUUUGUUGGGAUGAACGAAAGAGUGAUAGCUAUUGAUGGGGAGUAUUUGCAUAUAAUGCCAUCAUCUACGGGUAAGACGAUGUUUGAGGGCCAAGGCAAGACAACUACGGUGCAUUUCAGUAAUGUCGUUGGAUGUAAAGUCACACGGAGGCAUCCGACAAAUUUCAAGGUUGUCGUCUACAAAGCCACAGAGACCAAACGAUAUGACUUUGAGGCAAAGAGUGCCGACGAAGCCGCUGAAAUCGUCUUUGAAAUCAAGAAAGGAAUAUCGCCAUACCACAACGUCUAA